AUGUCGAUUUUUGGCAAUAAGUCGAUUGUUGUGAGACGGGUUUUUGCUGAAGAUUCGGACAGUGAACUUUUGAUGAUUAAGGAAGCAAUUUUGACGUAUCCUUUUCUAUCUAUAGAUAUUGAAUUUCCGGGGACUAUAUUUAAACCUGGUAAGCAAGUGAUUCGUGAAGGUAAUCCGGUUAUCAAUUAUCACUAUAUGAAGUCAAAUGUUGACACGCUUCAAAUUAUUCAACUCGGCUUGAGUCUUUCAGAUGCUCAGAGUAAUUUACUAGACUUUGAUUUUCCAUUUUCUUACAUUUGGGAAUUUAAUUUCAGAGAUUUCGAUAUCAAUCGAGACCACUAUGCUAGCGAUUCGAUCGAGUUGUUCAAACAUCAAGGGAUAGAUUUUGAGAAGAAUAAAGAGAAGGGGAUUGAUUCUAAAGAUUUUGCAAAGACGUUUUGGGAUUACGGCUUGGUUUUCAACUCCUAUGGUCUGAAAAGUAUUACAUGA